AUGACGGACCGGGAGGAGCGCCGCUUCGCUGAGGUCUCCCGGGACUCAGUCAAACUCAUGGCCGAGAGCGCAGGCGUGGAGCUGGGGGACGAUGUGGCCGCUCUGCUGGCUGAGGAUGUGUGCUACCGGCUCAGAGAGGCUGCUCAGGUCAGUACUGGACAGGUAAGGAACAUGGGAAUGUGUUUCCAGACAUGUAGUAUUGACUCUGCUUUUUUGGACCCUCACAGAGCAGCUCUCAGUUUAUGAGACACGCCAAGAGGAGGAAGCUGACAGUGGAGGACUUCAACAGAGCUCUGCGUUGGAGCAACGUGGAGGUCAGAACUGUGUGAUGGACUUUCUGUUCUGACACUAGAGCAGUAUUCUAACUAUCAACUUCCUUUCAUUUCCCAUAGGCGAUCUGUGGUUACGGGGCUCAGGAUGCUCUUCCUUUCCGCUCGGUGAAAGAAGGGGAGCUGUUCUUUGUGGAGGACCGGGACAUUAACCUGGUGGAGCUCGCUCUGGCCACAAACAUCCCAAAAGGAUGUGCGGAGACCAUGGUGCGAGGUGAGAGUCUCUGCACCGUCAGGAGCUGAUGUUUCAUAAAUCAGGAGGUUUAUUUGAGUACUUAUCAUGCUUUUCUUCUUUUUUUAGUCAACGUGUCGUACCUGGAUGGCAAAGGGAACCUGGAGCCUCAGGGAACAGGUGAGACUCAGACAUGUGAUGGUUACUAAAAUCAACACAGAGAUGCUUGUUUUAUCGUUUUAUUUUCAAGUAAAUCAGCCGUUUCUUCAGUUUGUGCACAACAUUCAUUAAGGGUUUAAUUUACCGUACUCUAAAUCUUACACUAUUUUCUUCAUUAAUCAACCUUUUUCUGUUUCCUUCCUCCUCUAAUUUUGAGAUUGGAGAAAGUAUUUAAAGGUUUCUGAUCUGUUUGUGUCCUCGUCUCAGUUCCCUCGGCUGUACAGACGCUCUCAGACGACCUGCUGAAAUAUUACCAGCAGAUCACUCGAGCCAUCCUGGGAGAGGACCCUCACCUGAUGAAGGUAAACCCCUGCUGAACACAGACAGGUGCUCUCUGGAGGAUAAACAGCUACUUUCUGUAACAUUUACGAUGUGUGUGUGUGUGUGUUUCAGGUGGCUCUGCUGGACCUGCAAUCCAACUCCAAGAUCGCCGCUCUGCUGCCGUACUUUGUUUAUGUCAUCAGCGGGGUACGUUAGGUUUUAAUACCUAAGGGGUAUUAAAAAUGAGGUUGUAUUGUUCCCCUGUGUCUGCCGUUUCUAAACCGGCUUGUCAUCUCUCUGAUCAGGUGAAGUCUGUGAGCCACGACCUGGAGCAGCUGAACAGACUCCUCCACAUGGUGAAGAGUCUGGUCCAGAAUCCGUACCUGUACCUGGGCUCGUAUGUGCGCAGCCUGGUGUCCAGUGUGAUGUACUGCAUCUUGGAGCCGCUGGCCGCCUCCAUCAACCCGCUCAACGACCACUGGACGCUCCGGGACUACGCCGCCCUGCUGCUCAGCCACAUCUUCUGGUCAGGAUCAAAACCGCAGACUCAGUUUGUUUGAACAGACGAUGUUACCAUGACGAUUUGAGAUUAUCUUCAGCUUUUUUCCUUGUCCUCAACCAUUGUAGCUUCUCUAAAUGUUAUAUAUCUGCCUCCAGGACUCAUGGUGAUCUGGUGAGCGGUCUCUACCAUCAGAUCCUGUUGUCGCUCCAGAAGGUUCUGUCAGACCCGGUGAGGCCGCUUUGUUCCCACUAUGGCGCCGUGGUUGGGCUGCACGCUCUAGGGUGGAAGGUGUGUUCACUGUUCAUGGAAAGAUGUUUCAUGUCUCUGCAGCACAUAAAACAACAUAACCUGUGAAAUACUUUGUAAAUUUGGGCUUUAUUUUUGUGCAUUUGUCAGUUUUUCAUCAAACAAACAUAAACUCUGUGAAAGAACAAACUCCUCAUGGUGCGAAGUUUGUGUUUUCAGGCCGUCGAGAGAGUCCUCUUCCCUCACCUUCCUGCAUACUGGGCCAACCUUCAGGCGGUUCUGGACGAUUACUCGGUUUCUAACGGUCAGGUCAAAGCGGACGGACACAAAGUCUACGGAGCCAUCCUGGUUAGUGCUGCAGAGACAGAAGACUCAUGUUACUCAGACACGUCUGCUCUGAAAUGAUCUUUUCUACAGUCUGUGUUUUUAAACUGCUGUUGUCACAUGAUGAACUCCGAAAAUCCGUUUUCCUCUGGGCUGUAAAACAGUGAGACGGUUCAGCACCACAGACUGUUUCAGAGCAGAGAGGAAGGAUUCAGAGGAGAUAUGGUACGAUACGAUCAAUAUGGACGCUCUUUCUAACCCUGUCAACUGUCCUGCAGGUGGCGGUGGAGCGUCUCCUGAAGAUGAAGGCGCUCUCACUGUCUCAGCCAGCUGAGGGGGGGGCAGGGGGUCAGCCGGGCUCUGUUGGAGGGGGUCUGGGUUACAGGGUUAGCUCCCCUGGCCUCAGCCCCCCUCCAGAGCCCCUCUCAGAGGCGGCCCUCGGCAUUGCCAGCCACCUGCAGGCGGGUGGGGCCGGCUGUCCCUGGGAGGAGUGGACCCCUGUCCCCCUCCCUGACAUGUACAAGGAGCUCUACUCCUUCUUCGGGGACAGUCUGGCGGUCCGCUUCAGUACGGGACCCGGGUUUGGCUGUUACCCUCCUUGUACCCCCUCCCUGCCCAAUGAAGCAAGGAAGGAGCCUCCGGGCCCAGCCUCCAACCCGGAAACCACCAGGAAGAUGCCGCAGCUGACUGCUAACCUCAACAUCAGCCCCAGGCAGGAUGGGAGUCCUCGUACAGACCCGCCCCCGCCCAGCCUGGCUGCCACAGGAAGGUAAAAGACUUGAAUCUGAAAACCAACUUCUUUAUUAAAACAUUUUCAAUUUAAAAUUAAUCAAAACCUGCAAAAAGAAAUUAAAAAUCCUGAAUAUUAAGGGUCAUGUCUACCAACCCUCUGGUUAAAACAACAAAAACUUAAUCUUGAAUCGGUUUCUCGGCUCUUCCUCCCUCAGGUCCUUGGCUCGGUCCUCCUCCUCCUCUUCCUCCUCCUCCAUGCAGCGCUCCAGGUCUUCCUCCUCCCGCUCUGGUCAGCGUUCAGCAGGUCUGUCCAGAGACGUUUUCCCCAAAUCUCGCUUCACCUCCCCUCAGACAGGACCUCCGGUGUUCUCCUUCCUUAUUGGCGGACGGCAGAUGGGACGCCGCUGUCAGGGGCGGCGGCCUUUCCAGACAACUUUCCUCCCGACCCCGCCUCUCUCUGCUGUCCCACCUCGUGCCUACGCCCAUAAACUGCCCGUCAUCGGCAGGGUGGGCAAACCUGUCCGCCGCUGGGCGUGCUCACAUUACUCCCUUUACCUUCCUCUGUAG